AUGAUUAGCAUAUAGUUAUACCUUAAUGUUCCUGGUAUGGUUUUCUCAAUGAUUGCUGGCUUUGUUUUUGUCCGAUCAAUGAUAGGACUUCUCCAAAACAGAAAGAAGGCUAUCAUAAUAGUUGGAAGAAUAAGAUAGAAAACAAUAAAACUAUGCUAGAUCAAUGUAGAUUACGCAGAAAAGAUGAUUAGCAAUCUUAAAAAUGACAAAGACAUGUAUGCAGAUAUAAAUGUAUAUAAUGACUAUUCUUCAGUAAAGAAACUUGAUACGAUUGAAUAAUAUACUGAUAUGGAUUUAAAUUUGCCAGAAAUACUUAAUUCAACAAUGAGAAUGACAAUGAGAAAACAUUAAACCACCAUGAGCAUAAGACAGGAUAGCGCUAUUGCCGAUUUAAAUGUUUCAUAAAUGACUUUGCAAGAAUUCUAGUUUUUUGAGGAAGGCUAAAAUAAAGCUAUGAACCAAAAACUAGAAUUGAAAAGGCAUCAAAGUGAACUGGAAAAAUAGAAAAAGAGGGAAAUUAAGAAAAUGAUUUUCAAAAGAAUUGAAAAAUCAUUUAAGCAAGAUAGACUUAGUGUAUGGGUGAAACUAGUUCCUGCUUCUGUGGUUUUUUCAAUCUUUUUUAUCGUAAUGUAUCUGCUUGAGCUUACAGUGCUUGAUGAUACCUUAUUCAAUCUAAAUCUGCUAAAAACUUUCGAAGAGAAGGAAAGCUGUUUGAUAACUUUGUAGCAGUUCACAUUAGACACAAUUAUUGAAAACAAAACUUCUCCUGUUAUUUUCAUCAAUUCAAACUAUGAUGGAUUAUUCUAAUUCUGCUAGGAUAUUUUAGUCUAAUCAAAUUUGCCAAGAAAGAAAAAAAAUUCUCAAGGCUAUUAAAUUUCAGAUAUACUUUAAUAAGCUGAAAAUGAAGGAGUUUGUGAAAUUAUUGAUGAAUUUAUGCAAAAGUAGUAGAAAUUCUAAAGUUUUUAAAAGUGUGAUGAUAUUUUAUUUGGAGUUUUAAAAAAAGGAAUGUAGCAAUCCUAUUCUUAGAUGCUUAAAGUUUUCAGAUCAAUAAAUAUCAAUUACCAUAGCUCAAAUAAGACUUAAUAGACUCUUUAGGAUUUAAUAGCAGAUAGAGAGUUUAAUUCUAAUUCUUUGACUCUUAGAGCAUAUUUAAGAGAUCUUUAAGUAUAUAUUUCUACCAGAAUACAUGACAGAAUGGAUAAUUUUUAUGAGUCUAUAGCUCUAAGAAACACUAUAAUAUUUGUUAUUUUCGUCUGUCUUCUGAUAAUCAUUAUACUUUUGCUUUUGUUUAAAAUUGUUUAGUUUACUAAAAUGGAAAUUUUGUAUCACAGGAAAAUAGUAAAGUUUAUACCAAUAACUGAGCUAGAAAGAAGAUCUAUUUCUAAUCUUUUAAAAACUUUUGAUUAUUGA